CAAGGAGACGUCCCACAAUUUGCACCACUUGUUAUGGCUAGUAUGAUAUUGCUAGGCUGCUUCUGCUAGUUAUGUUGCUGAUUCUUUUAGAGAGAGAGAAGAAAAGAAAAAAACAAAAAGGAAAACUGAUACUCGCUUCGCGUUAAUAUUACUAGGCUGCUAUUAAUAAAAAUUUAAAAUUAUAUUGCUGAUUCUGUUGGUGUUACAUAGUCAUAGUCGUGCAUUUACUAGAUUUGAGUUUAUCCGUUAUUGGUAUUGCGAAAGCCUAGUGCACGUAUCCAUUACGUUGGUAUUCGUCUGCUCUAAUCCUCUAUUCGGGGGAUCGAUCAUCGUGGCGCUCUUCUCUGCUGGGAAACUCGGACUGGUUCUUAGAAUGAUAUCACAAUCUAAAGAUUUACUAUUUUGUAGUAUUAUUGCCACAUCGGGUUUAGAUUUACUCCCUGUCCCUACUAACUUUUAAAUUUGAUUCAUUGCUUUUCAGAAGAAAGAGGAACUCAUUCGCAACUGAAAUAAAGACCACCAGCACCAGCACGACUAUCACUAUCAUGCAGCGUCUGCUUCUCCGAUUUCCUCUCUUACGCCUCUUCUCCACCUCAACAGAUAGUAAACCCAGCCAUCGCAUUCGGUGCUUGCAUGGUCCGCGCGAUGGACCAGGCCACUGGAAAGGCGCUGGUCGAUUUCUUCCUGCAUGCAAUAUGUUCGACUAUUGUUAUGGCAUCUCUUCUUUGCGUUUCUGCGGUGUGACUUCGGUGUGGUCAAGGGGACGACAAACACUGGUGAUACACCGAGGACGAGAAUGAUAACUAAUCACUUAUCGUACAGUUGCUACAGAGCAUUAGAAUGCAUAAAUGGAGAAACUGCAACAGUUGUAGAGAAAAAGAAACACCUUCACAACGCGCUUUUUCUCCUCUCUUUUCUAACAUGAGCUCCGCCGCAGCAGCAGCAUUUUUCUGGUUGCUCUGGGCUAAGCCGCAAGAUGCAAGCCCCUUCGCCGAUGAUGGAUCCAAAGACAAUUAUGGCGAAGAAAGAAAGAAAGUCAGUUUGAUACUGAAUAUUGAUCAAGUCUGCUGUUGUUUAACUACAUAAGCAUGUGCAUGAUGUAUUACUAAUAACAUUCAGGUCCACUCGUACUCGUAGUCCAACGUAAUCAUGUUAUGAUAGAAUACUAAUGCAUACAAUGCUAAUGUUGGAUCUAUUAGAAGCCCUACUGAAGAGUAUCGUCUAACAUAUGCUGUUGGGCAGCUCGGACGCUACGGAUGGGAGAAGCAGAACUUCAAUCGUCAUCUAAACGAGUAAAACGUCUAGAGGAAAUAGAUAAUAGAAGCUGCAGGAGAGUAAAUGUAACUAAAUAGACAAAAUCUUCUUUUCAAGUGGUAAAGAGCCAAACGACAGGGAAAAAAAGGUAUAUAAAGAUGGAUAGUCAUUUUUAGAUGGACUUUCAAAAAGUCCGAACCACGUCUUUCAUGCGGAUGUGUCGUUUCCUGAAUAGAGACAAACCCAUAAAAUGUAUCUGGAUUAUUUGGUUGACGUAAUAUAUUCCUGUAUAAUAGCGUAAGAUGAAUUUAGAUAGAGGACCCAGACGUUGGCACUCCACAAAUCAAAUGUUUAUGCUUAUACUAACAACUGCUAUGUCUAAACUAUGAAUACAGAACGGGACAUUGAAUCCGCGUCAUCCCUUGUAAUAACAUCAAGUUGACGACGAUGUAUUACAUCGUCGUCAACUACAACUACUCCUACCACUACCUAGUUUUACAUAUUUCUACAGAAAAAUCAUUAUUAUUUCUACAGAAAAAUCCAUUCCACGAUCUAAGAAUGAAUACGGACUCCACACCUGAGAAGGAUAGUUUCAAAGUAUAUUUGUCAGUCAAGAAUUUCAAAUAGUACCUCUACGAGAUAUGAUGGAGUAGGACUGUGAAGUAGGAGGCAUCAAAUAAAUGCAUAGAGCUUUGCAACUACGUCUACGCCAUUCGUUCGGGUGGAAUAGAGACCGCCCGAGUCUUCUCAGAAUGAUGAUGAUGAUGAUGAUGACGAUCUAGCGAACCAAAUCAAAAGUGCAAAGACAGCAGAAAAAACGGACUCAAAAGAUGAAAGGAGAAAGGUUGAGUCGAAGCCGAAGGAAAUGCGAUACAGGAUUUGGAUUUUGAGUCAAGAAGAAGAAGAAGAUCCAAC